AUGCCAGCAUCCAGUUCUCAUGUCAAUGAACCUUCUUUGGAGACCAGUUCUGAUAUACUUUCUAUUGACAAGAAUGAAGAUUAUCAGCAUGUCCUCAAAGUGUUGCAGAUCUUGAAGUCUCAACAAACAAAAGCUUCUAAAGAUAUUGACACUUUACACCAAUUGAAAUCAGAAGCACUUAAAGAUCCGUAUGGGUUUCUUCUAGACUUGAACAAAAAACCAAGACACCAUAUGCCAAAGCUACAAAAAGUAGUGGCUGUGCCUCCUAUUGACUGGGGUAAAUAUCGGUUUCUGCCUGAAUCACGUCUUGCUCAAGAAACAUCUACCCUGUGUGAUCUCACUCAGAAAUACAUGAAUCAAAGAAAACCUACGUUUUGUAAUAUACUUGAUAUCCAAACCCAACCAGAGACUGGGUCUAGUCCAGCAACACCCACUCUUGCCAAAAGCCUACAACACGAAUUACAGAAAGCAACACAAGCGAUGCGUCAAAUUCCAUCCCGUGCUGCUUCUGUCUCUGAUGGAUCUGAAGAUGAAGAUACAGAGAGUGUAGCUACCAAGACAACACCUCCAUCCACAGGCAAGUCGUAUGGCAGAAAGGGGAAGGGUAAACGAAGGACAUCGAUGGCACAGACAGGGAAAGACUUGCAGGCAAGUGCGAUGGACAUGUCAGAGACAGAAAGUCCUACUGUUUCUCGACUUCAAUCGAUUGAACCUCGAACAUCCGAUGAAGAUGGCUUUACAGAAACCAAUGAAACACCUAGCUUUAAUCAACCAUGGACAGAUGAAGAACAGGCUCGACUACAAGAAUUACUUGUCGUCUUUCCUGAUGAACCUAUUCAAGCACAACGAUUUAACAAGAUAUCAAAGGCAUUAGGUACUCGUACACCUCGACAAGUUGCUAGUCGAGUACAGAAAUACUUUAUCAAACUGGCAAAGAUGGGAUUACCUGUCCCUGGGCGUUUCUCUAUUCCACCAUCAUGUCAACCAAAAGAAAAAGACCAACGUUCAAAACCCAAGUCGAAAAAAUCAGGUCGCAUCACUAAGCCUUCUGCACCUUCUCUUCGUACUUCAGGUGCUGGUUACAACAGUCUUUUAUCAGGUGGAAUCACAAACACACGUAUCUCUGGAGCUCAUUAUACGACAUCCCAUGGUCCUCCUGCUGCAUUUAUGUCGGAUGAUGAAGACAUGAAUGUCAAAGAAAUGAUGCGAACAGUCAAUACUAAACUAGAAGCCAAUGAUCUUGUCAUUCAUGAAGGUUAUGCAUGUGAUGGUUGUGGUACAGAACCCAUUGUAGGUGUACGGUAUAAAUGUACUGUGUGUGAUGUAAGUGAACAAGUCGACUUGUGUGGUCAAUGUAUGGAAAAGGGUACUUUUACAAAUGCCUUGUAUUUAUCCCUUAUCAGAUCAUCAUACACUAGACCAUCCAUUUGA